AUGCGGGGGGCGCUGGGGCUGGCGCUGGCGCUGGGGCUGGCGGCCGCGCUGGGCUGGCUGCCGGGCGAGGGCGGCGGGGCGCUGGGGGCGCGGCCGGCGGUGCCGCGGCUGGCGGCGGCGGACGGAGCCCCGCAGGUAGGUGCGGAGCCCCGGACCACCCCCCGCCCCCGGCUCCGCCGGCCCCUGACGCUCCUCUCCCGCGGGCAGCGCGCCCGGACCUACAUCAUCCCCAUCGAGGGGACCCCCCGCACCGUGCGCCUGCGGCAGCAAGUGUUUUUGGCAGAGGAUUUCCGGAUCUAUACCGAUGGCCGAGGGGGGCUUGCGAAAUCCGAACUGGCACGUAUCGAGGUAAUAGUCACGCCCUGUGUGCUGUACCCAACAUCUCUGAGAACGGAGCAGCCGUGGAAGUGCUCCAGGAGGAACGUGCAGAGGCGCGACUGCUUCUACGAAGGCUACGUCGAGGGUUUCCCUGUUUCGCUCGUGGCACUUAGCACCUGCUCCGGCCUGAGCGGGGUCCUGCAGCUCGCGAAUGCCAGCUAUGGGAUCAAGCCGCUGGAGGCUGUAGCUGGGUAUCAGCAUCUCGUGUACCCAAUGUGGAACGAAAACAUAGAGACUCGGCUGUUUGUAGAAAACAGCUCUCUUGCCCGGACUGGGGAGGUGUCACCGAAGCCGGAGGAUGCAAUAGCAAGUAAGCAAGCUGUCCGUAGAUCCCCUCGGUAUCUGGAAAUGCACGCAGUUUUGGACAAGUCUCUGUAUGACUAUAUGGGAGCAGACAAGGAUGCUGUGACAGCCAAGAUAGUGCAGCUUUUCAGCUAUGUGAACAGCAUGUUUGCUCGCCUCAAUCUGACAAUAGUACUGUCUUCUCUGGAGUUUUGGACGGAAAAGAACAAAAUCCCAACCACGGGAGAUGCCGAGGAGUUGCUGCAGAGAUUUUUGGAGUGGAAAAACGUGCAUCGUGUGUUGCGGCUGCAGGACAUAACGUUCCUAUUUGUUUACAGGGAGCAGUCCCGUUACACGGGGGCAUCUUCUGCGAGGAAGCUGUGUCUCAGAAACCAUGCUGGCGGCGUUGCCUUGUACCGGAGGGCUAUGACACUGGAGGCGUUUGCAGUCCUUGUGGCACGGCUGCUGGGGCUCAGCCUGGGGAUGGCGUACGACGAUCCCGGGAGCUGUCACUGCGCAGCGGCCGCCUGCAUAAUGCAGGCCAGCUCGGUACACUCGGCUGGCGUGAAAGCCUUCAGCAGCUGCAGCGUAAGAGACUUUCAGCGUUUUCUCGCCACUGGGGAAGGGCAGUGUCUGCUGAACAGGCCAGCUAUGGAUGCAGCGUAUAAAGCUCCUGUGUGUGGCAACAAAGUGGUGGAGCUGGGAGAGGCUUGUGACUGCGGUACAGCAGAGGAAUGUCAGCGUGACCCGUGCUGCACCGUUGGCUGCAAGAUGAGGAGAGGCGUGCAGUGCCUGUCGGGACCGUGCUGCCAGAAAUGCCAGUUUGUGAAAAGAGGCACAUUAUGUAGAAGCAGCUCCGAGGAUGAGUGUGAGUUGAAGGAGUAUUGCAACGGCACCUCUGGGGAGUGCACACCCGACCUCUGGGUCAUGGAUGGGCAUCCCUGCAGCAGGAACACCGCCUUCUGCUACCGGGGAGUCUGCCAGACAGCCGACAAGCAGUGUCAGAAGGUCUUCGGCCGAGGUGCCAAGAACGGGCCCUUGGCCUGCUACGAAGAAAUUAACAGCCAAAGGGACAGAAUGGGACACUGCGGCUCCGAUCGCCGCGGUUAUCAGCGUUGUGCGUGGAAGGAUCUCCGAUGUGGGAAGCUCGUGUGUGAAUAUCCGGGCUCCAAGCCCUUUACCAAGGAGAAGGUUGCGGUGAUUUAUGCGCGGGUGCAGAACACGCUGUGUGUAACGUUAGACUACAUGAAGCCUCCCAUGGAGAGGGACCCCAUGCUGGUGAACGAUGGCACCGUCUGUGAUGACCACAAGAUCUGCCUGAACCAGCAGUGUGUGCCUGCUGCUGUCCUGAACUAUAAAUGUGAGAUGAAGACAAAGUGCCACAAUCACGGUGUCUGCAAUAACCAAGGGAGCUGCCAUUGCCAUCCCGGCUGGAAACCACCGACUUGCCAGGAGAAAGCAAGGGCGAUGGGCGGGAGCGGCAGCAGCCCGUCCGGAGAUGAUGAAGCAGAUGUUGAGAGCGAGGGUUUGCCGAAGCUGUGGCUGCUUCUGACCUUCUGCCUCUUUGUGCCUGUCGCCAUCGGGCUCGUCCUCAUGGCGCUAAGGAGAAGCGGCCCAAGGCGCUGCCUCGCCACGGAGGAGCUGGAUGAAGACAAGUUGGAAGACAAGGACUGUGUGGAUGAGGAAAGGAGUGUGUCGGAUGUGUAGCGACGCAGCAGGGAAGGACGUUGAAAUCGUCUGACAGUGGGUGUCGGAGCGCAGUCCAUGGAGAGCAUGCACGGAGGACGCUGCAGUGUGGCACAGUGGAGGAGAUGCCUGCAGCCCCAGGCUUGGGAGCGAAGUGGCCCGCAGCCUGUGUAGUGGUCACUGUAAGCGUGUGUAGUGUCUGUUGUGGUGUUUGUUGUUCAAUAAAAGGUGUCUGCGAUCUCU